UCCCUCCCUACCUCAGAUCGCAGCUAUAAUACAUAGGAGUAAAGAGUCUUCUCACAUAAGUGGCUGUGGCUUGAACUAACGUUGUGAUUUCGAGGUCGGUCUUACCUUUCCCCCAUCCGCGCAGCAAACCCUCUGAUGCGCUCCGUUAUCACGCGCACAUUUCCGCACCUGUCACGGUAGGGACACGCGUGAACAGAACCUUACGAGGAGGCUGCAAGGACAUUGCUGGACAUCCGCGCAGUGAUAACGCAGCGCUCGAGAUCCCGGUAGACGGACUGCUCGGGGUGCACUCUAAACCAACGCAGCCCGGGAAUCGUGCGAGAUUCGCCGUGCCAAAAUGCGGCUUGAGACGAGAGUAGUGCUGGUGUCUUUUCUCACUCUGUCCUUGGUGGUGUCCGGACUGGCCUGCGGUCCUGGCAGAGGCUACGGCAGAAGAAGACAUCCGAAGAAGCUGACACCUCUCGCCUACAAGCAGUUUAUACCUAACGUCGCGGAAAAGACCUUAGGGGCCAGCGGCAGAUACGAGGGCAAGAUAACGCGCAAUUCAGAGAGAUUUAAAGAACUUACUCCAAAUUACAAUCCCGACAUUAUCUUUAAGGAUGAGGAGAACACAGGCGCGGACAGACUCAUGACACAGAGAUGCAAAGAUAAGCUAAAUUCACUGGCCAUCUCUGUAAUGAACCAGUGGCCUGGGGUUAAGCUGCGUGUAACUGAGGGCUGGGAUGAGGACGGACAUCAUUUUGAAGAAUCACUCCAUUAUGAGGGAAGAGCUGUUGAUAUCACCACCUCUGAUCGAGACAAAAGCAAAUACGGGACACUCUCUCGGUUAGCGGUGGAGGCUGGAUUUGACUGGGUCUAUUACGAAUCCAAAGCCCACAUCCAUUGCUCUGUCAAAGCAGAAAACUCCGUUGCUGCUAAAUCUGGAGGCUGCUUCACCGGUUCGGCUUCGGUCACUCUGAAAGACAGGAGACAGAAGGCCGUGAGGGACCUGACUCCCGGUGACAAGGUGCUGGCGGCGGACAGCGCGGGGAACCUCGUGUACAGCGACUUCAUCAUGUUCACAGACAGAGACUCGACGACGCGACGUGUGUUUUACGUCAUAGAAACUAAAGAAGCCGCUGAAAAGAUCACCCUCACCGCGGCUCAUCUUCUUUUUGUCCUCGACAACUCAACGGAAGAUCUCCACGCCAUGACCGCCGCGUUUGCCAGCGCUGUCAGACCUGGACAAAAGGUGAUGGUUGUUGAUGAUAGCGGUCAACUUAAAUCUGUCAUCGUUGAGCGGAUAUACAUGGAGGAGCGCCAGGGCUCGUUCGCACCAGUGACCGCGCAUGGAACAAUCGUGGUCGACCGCGUACUGGCGUCCUGUUACGCUGUAAUAGAGGACCACGGUCUCGCGCACUGGGCCUUCGCGCCAGUCAGGCUGUAUUAUGACGUGUCAACAGUCGUGUUCCCCAAAUACUUCACCAUUCAGUCCAAUGCGACGUUACAACAGGAGGGAGUCCACUGGUACUCUAAACUCCUAUAUAAAAUGGGAACGUGGCUUUUGGACAGCCACAAGCUUCAUCCUUUGGGGAUGUCAGUAUACUCGAGCUGAAAACCCUCACGUGGAAAUAAAGCAAGAGAAAUCACACUAAUGUAGGAUAUAAGACAAUAUUAGUACGAGAGAGAGAGAGAGAGAGAGAGCGAAAGAGAGAGAAAGAAAGAAAGAGAUGCCCCGAGCGGAGGUGGGAUAUUUAUUACAAUGACUUUAAAAAUCGUAAUUUUCAAAGAAUAAAUGGAGCCUUAACAGUUUUUUUUUGCAUAAUUUAUUCUCGCGUGAACUCAGGCUGGUGGCACACUAACGAAUUCUAAUGCAGUGUGAUCAGCCAGUGGUGCAGAAUCUAUUUUUGUAUAUCUCAUGUAAACUGGAAAAACAGGAAAAAAAGAGAUCGUGUAAGGAAAGAAGAAUGAAAAAAGAAACUUUCAUGACAGGUUGUAACACUCUGUGCAUAUGUGCAAAUGACUGUUAUAUUUUAGGGGUAAGCAAACGCCGUGGGGCUCCAGAAAUUAUAUUUUUAUACACAGAAUUGUACAUUAGAUUUUGACCGAUCGUUACCUAAUCACUUUUCGUUAUUUGAAAUAGUGUAAGAGACGAGAAUAUAUUUUAAUUUAAAUAGUUACAGAGUCUUGUGCUGUUUUCUGUUUUAGAUUUCUUUGUUUUGUCAUUGUUUUGGUUGUCAGGAUGGGACAGACACAUUCAUUAUUACAAGUCUUAUUUCUGGUUUCAUUUCUUUAUGUAUUUCAUUAAGAAAAUACGAAAUGCACAUUCUGACAAUUUAGUGACGACAAUAGUCCCAUAGUGCAGAGCAAAGGGUUUCGUUAAAUAAAUUAAUAAGUAACUGUACAUUCACUAAAAUGUAUUUUUCUUUUCAUAUUUUGUAAUAGGUAAAUAGUUUUAUAGAAAUAAAAUGCAGCUGAUGCACAGUUUGGAUAGAAUAUGACUGAGUGGCCAUAACAGUUAGCCUACCUUUCGUUAAGGCAAGGUGUCAGGAAAUGUAUAGAAUUUAUUAUUUAUAUGUUUAUUACAAAAUGAUAUAAAGAAAAUAUUUCAAAUGCU